AUGUCGGACAUAAACCAGGCCGGCCGCCCAUCGGCCAUGAAACCACUGUCCUACACGUCCCACGCGGCCCAAGGACAGAGACCUCGCGGACGAACCGGCUCGAACUCGUCAGCGUCUUCCGCCGCAUCGGCCACCAGCGCCAAAAGCCACGACCAGUUCGUCUUCUCACCACACCAGACUCCCGCCUCUGAAAAGGAGCCCUUCUUCUCGCAUCAGGAGUAUUCUAGUCUUCACAAUCCCCAAACACACAACAUCCCCUCGCAACCUCCUCACAGUACUUUAACCUCGCGGUUCUCCUCGGACUCGACAAGUUCCACCACUCCACACAGCCGACCUAUCGUGAUCGAACUACCCUCGUCGGCGUCAAAAAAGUCCAAGACCAGCUCGACCUACACACCAAUUCCGCCUCUCUCUGCUCGAGGUGACAUAUCAGGCGGCUACUUUCCAUUCCACGAAGAUCCCGAAGACCGCAUCCACAGACCCCAUCCAUUCCACACCGCUGAAAAAGAGGCGCAACGAGACUGCGAUAUCGAGAGCCUCGCCCGGAGCAUCGAAAGUACUCAGGGUGCUCCUUCGUCUGCCCCAGAACCUCGCGCUCCCUCAGCGCCGACCCCAAUCUCCACACCACCUGGGCAGUUCCCCAUGCUACAGGCUGCCAAAAUGCCUUCGUCGCGAGGACACACGCCUGUCACCUCCUACGUGCCAAGCGGCCUGCACGAGACGCCCUUGCCUGUCGGCAAGUACUAUCCCUCGAACUACGAGCACCGACAGAAGCAGUCCCACCACUCGUCAAGAAGUAGUACACGGCCGUCCUCUGCCGUCGGCCCUUCGUCUGUCAAGUCCGACACUGUUGUGCCGCAGAUCAAUAGGACUGACCCACGCGGGCGCCCCGACUCGGAGGCCAAAAUGCGAUUACUACAAUACCAGCGCGACAUGAUCACGCAAGCCCAGCUUGCCAAACAACGUUUAGAGGAUGGAGGCUCGUCCUCAUAUCCGGCCGCGACGGGCCGCCAUGGGGCUCCUUCGCAUAGGAAGAGCAGCGCCCCAAGAGGGCCCAUAUCGCCAAGGCUGCAACCGCUGGGCAGCCCCGGACCGGUGACACCCUUGGCGUUAGAGGGCGCUGAUGGUUACCUUUCGGCUCGGAGUCGGGCCAGCCCUCGGGACAGGCCGAGGCCAGUGCCAAGCCCGGACGCUGGGCGAGAGAGCCACGCGGUCGCCAGGGCGAUGAAGGCACACGGCGAAAGGCGACGCAGGGAGGGCCGGUGCUCGCCAGCCGUCGAGGCGGGAGGGUUUGGAUUUUGA